AAGGCAAUGACACCGAGUGUACAAAAGCAUGCAUCUACAGGCAGACUGUCAGUGACAUAAACCACGUCAUACUCAUGUUCGUGUGUCAGCACCGUACAGACAAUAACACUGGUGCUACACCAAUAGAAUGUAACGACGGCAUGUAAAAAAAAAGAAAGAAAAUAAAACAUCUGAACUUUAGUGCUUCAAUGCUCCUGCCAGGUACCCUAUUUAUGUAAUUGCUGUUAUUCGUUUGCGUCAUCAAAAAUACAAACAUUAUACUGCUGCUUUACAUUAGGGGUCAUAAUUAACACCAGAACACAAUUAUAAUAAUUACUUACUAUCUUUACGAUGAUUUCUUUACGAUGAAACAGGUUCAGCGAGUUCAAUACAUUCACUAUUAGAUGGACCUUUAUUUAAGCGUUUCAAAAAAUGUUUAGCUCCAUCUGGUGGGCUUCGCAGUCCACUCACAGUGUACUGUGUUUAAAAAUAGCACGUUCUCUGGGUGAAGGGUAGAACACUAGCGAUAACAGGGUAUCUGUGCAUGUGAGGAAGGGCACGUAUCAGUUUGAAGUCUUGUCUGAAGUUUUGUUUACUGUUUUACCUUUAAACACAAUAAAAUAUAGUUUUUGUAUGGAGUUAAAUCAAGGGAACAAUGAUGGUAAAUGAGUAAAAAUGAAGUAUCGCAUUAACCAUGGCGUUAUCCAGAUUAACAGCAACUGUACUUGGGUUAAAAGUGAACUGUGUAAGUAUACAGUAACAUGGUAUUUAGGAUUAUAUGCUGUAUUUAUUGAAAAAAAUUGAGAAGAUACUAAAUAUUUUUCGAUACUUUGUGUGGCUACACAACUUGAACGUGUACAUGAACAAAAUGCGGCAUUUCGCAACAACAGCUCACCAUCUGUAAAAGAAAAAACGCAGGCCUUAUUUCUCGCAAACAAAUUGUGAUUUGUUUGUAAAUGUAUGACUUGAAUGUAUUUUUAGAAAAACUGUUAGUAGAUUUGGCAUUUAAACGGACAAAUACAUGUGCAUCAUUUGUCAGUUUACGACAGAACGGAAUCGACAACUGAAUACAUUUUUCAUAUUGUAAAAAUAUACAGUUGCAUGUAAACAGAAAAUCCUAGACAGUAGGAGGCAGCAGAGCGCACAACGUACAGGAAACCGUCUAAGAAGGACGACAACAAAACGGGUGUUAAACAAAGAUGGCGGACGAUGAGCGUCUGUCUCCAGUGUUUUUUGCUGUUAGUAACAUUCCUGUAGUCUUUCGCUCUGCUGACCUUAGGAAUUAUUUUAGUCAGUUUAUAGAGAGUGGAGGUUUUCAGUGUUUCCACUACCGACAUCGACCGGAGAUUCUCAGAGAGUGUACCGAGAACACAGCAGAUUCUAUCGAUAAAAGUGACCAAGUCAAUGCCAGCAGUAGCUCCUCACAAACUGACCGGCACUCGGAGGAGGAUAGUGGGGUGAAGGAGCAGAAGCAGCCGGCAAAGUCGUGCUGUUGUAUCGUUCUAGUCCACCAUGAAAAGGCGGAACCAUUUUUGAAAAUGUAUUCGGGAAAUCACUGGAUUGAUUCAAAGGGAACCUGGCUAAAGAAGCGCUGUGUUAUCAAAAGAAUCAAAGUCAACGACGACGAAGAUGAUGGAUCAUUUCGCUAUAAGACAAAAUAUGAGCAACGGCACCGUAUUUCAUUGAUCGAGCGUUUUACAGAAGCUGACCUCAAAAGCUUACCUGAGCUGAAUCCACCUUCUCUGAUGCAAAAUGGGAACGUAGGCACUCCGAUUAAAGUAUUCCUGCAGCUCAUUCAGUCCUGCCGACUGCCUCCACGACUUAUCCGGAAGCUGGGCCUAACUUUUCCCAAGACCAGCUGCAACCGUCGUUAUGGCAACGUGCCUUUCGAAUACCGGAACACAUGCACAGUGCAAUGCAGAGAAGAGACUGUAUUAACAGCUUCUGGGUAUGAAAUAUCAGGACCAGCUUUUUCUGCAGCCCGUCCUGCAGGGCAGAGUUCUAAAAGAGACACCAUGGAGAGUGAGGAGCUGCAGGAAGAAGAAGAUGAGGAAGAGGAAGAUGAGCAGUCAAAUGCAGAUGAUGAUGAUGAUCGCUGUGAGGAGUGGGAAAGACAUGAGGCUCUACAUGAAGAUGUAACGAGCCAGGAAAGAACCAAAGAGAGGCUUUUUGAAGAAAAGAUAGAACUCAAGUGGGAAAAGGGUGGGUCUGGCUUGGUGUUCUACACUGAUGCCCAGUACUGGCAGGAAGAGGAAGGAGAUUUUGAUGAACAAACAGCAGAUGACUGGGAUGUCGAUAUGAGCGUGUACUACGAUAAAGAUGGAGGUGAUAUGGACGCCAGAGACUACGUACAGAUGAGAUAUGAAAAGAGGCUGAGAGACGGUCUAGAAUGUAGAUCUGGUUCGAGUCAGACCAUUGGCAGCUUUGAGAAAUUCACAAAGGGUAUAGGUCGUCGUGUAAUGGAGAAACAAGGUUGGAAGGACGGUGAAGGGUUAGGGAGCAGUCAAAUAGGAAUCUCUGAAGCCCUGGACAGUGAGGGCCAGCAUCCAAAUUGCAAAAGGGGUUUUGGGUACCAUGGGGAGAAAUUGGUGUUACAUCCUGUGAAAAAAGCGAAAAAAGAUUUCCACAUCACUACAGUGUAUGAUAAACCCAAAGACAUUGAUAAGGGGGACACCUUACUGAGACGUCAACCAAACACUAAUAUGAAGUAUAGAGGCUGGCAACCAGGUGGCAGCAUUGGAUCCCGAAGAUGACAAAAAUAAAUGUUUAUUUUUUUAAAUAAAAAUUAUUUUGUAUUUCAUAUGUUUAUGUUUUCUAUUUUUUUAGCACACUGUUUUAUAGAUCUUAUAGAUUUUUAACAAGCAAAUACGUGCAUAACUUUAUGAAACUCCAUAAAAUGGUUUUGAUUUGGUAAUUGUUUUUCUGAAAUUGCUAACUCUAUAAGUGUUUGCCUGUGAAUAAAAUGUUUAUAUACAA